AUGUCUUUCGGCUGGUCUGCCGGAGACAUUGUCGCAGCUCUCCAACUGCUUAACAAAGUCCGCAUCGCUUUGAAAGACUCUGGAGGCUCCAAGACCGACUAUCAGGAUGCUACAUCAUUCCUUGAUGAGUUGUCGACUACACUCCGCACCCUCGACAGCAUCCAGAUUACCUCUUCACACCCAGAGCUUCUGCAAGAUAUCAGCGACCACGUUGAACGUCUGCGAAAAGAGAUUGAUCUGUUUCUGAAGACCAUACAGAAUGACUAUGGGGGUUCCCUUGGACCUUUCUCUACAUCCAGCAAACCCACAAGAUUACAACGCAAAAUCCAGUACGGAAUGUCAACCUCGAAGAGGGUCCAAAGUCUACGCGCAAAGAUUGGCCCCGAGUUAUCAACGCUACAGAUUAAAUUAAUGAACCAAAUGUUGUUAGUAUAG